GGAGCACCCGUCGGGUCCAAUCUUCAAAUAAUUAAUCCCGUAGCAUCAACUUAGUCUAAACAGUUAACCCUCCUGUAAGUCUAAACAGUUUACCCUCGUGUAAAUAAUUGUCGCAUUUAUCAUUGUUGAGGACCCUUGGCCUUUCCGAUGUUUGGUAUUUCCUAAACUGGGCCAUCUGUCCCACAAGAUGAAGUGAUCAAACAUUUAUCUGAAAAACUUUGCAAACUUGUUCAGUUCGGGCGAUGAUAAACCAGUGAAUUUCAAACUUCAAAACUUAGUGGUACGAGUGAUCAUGAAGAACGAGUCGGACUCGACUUCAAUCCAUCAAACUUCAUCAACGGCUCCUCAACCUCACUUGCAUCCAGUAACGAGCAGAAACGUCAGAGUUAUGUCUCCUCUUUCACAAACCCUUAAUCUGGAUCCUCUUCUUGUCACUGCCAACAGUGAUUCCCCAAGAAAAGCUGGCACGAGACGACAAGAGAAACCACCCUAUUCCUACAUAGCCCUGAUUGUCAUGGCAAUUCAAUCCAGUCCGGGAAAGAGACUGACUCUUUCGGAAAUCUACACCUUUCUCCAACAGCGAUUUGCCUUCUUCAGAGGUGCCUAUCAGGGCUGGAAGAACUCGGUGAGGCAUAAUUUGAGCCUGAACGAAUGUUUCAUCAAGCUACCAAAAGGUCUUGGAAGACCCGGAAAAGGACACUACUGGACCAUAGACCCGGCAAGUGAGUACAUGUUUGAGGAGGGUAGUUUUCGACGCAGACCACGUGGUUUCAGGAGAAAGUGUCAAGCUUUGAAACCCCAGUAUCCUCAGUACUUCCCUGGUACUGGUCCAGUUGGUGUAGGUGUCCAGGGGUCAGGGUAUGACAAUCUGACAUCUGCAGUUGAUUAUACCAAUGGGUACCAGAAUCAGUACCAAAAUUAUCCAGAGUGGUAUGCACCGGCAGCUACUAUUCCGGCUGAUUGGGGUUAUCCGGAAGCCUACAAGACUCCACCGAUUGCGGAAGUUACCUACAAGACAACGGAAGUGACCUACAAAACUGGAGAGACUUCUUUGUACAGAAAUGGAGAAAUGGGAUUUAAGAAUGAACCAACUUUUCCAAGGAGUCAGGAUCAUAAUCAGGUCUAUAGACCCACUGACACUUAUCAACCGGCCUUGAAGGACCACCAUCAUGUGCAAAGUCAGCAUAUGAAUCAACAGCAUCAUCAGGAGAUUGGAUUUAAAGUGGAGAACGAACAUGAUGGGUUGAUGAACUCAUAUAAAAGUGAUCCUGGAUCGAGUCCUCCAAGUUCUCAGAGUCAAAAUGGCAGUCAGGAUUAUUAUGUUGGAUAUGGGCUGGCAGCUGGAGUUGGGAAUGUUAAUCUCAAUGCAACGAUUCAGGGUCUUCAAACGCAACCUGGUUCCACGAGUCCCGUCGGAAAUGUCAACUCUGUACAUAGUUGUCACACUCCUCUUAUGGAUCAAGGGCUGAGAAUGCAGUGUUCGAACUCAAGUUCGAAUAGUUCGGGCGGAGGAAUUGUGGAAAGGAAAUCUUCAUACCUGGGGCAUCCUUCCUUACCCCCCUCAUUAGGGACCUUAGGAUUAAGUAAUAUAGGAUUAAAUAUAACAGCCUCUAAUUCUCACACUUCAGCACCUACCACACCUAUGUACUACGACCAAAUAAAGUACUCAAUGUGAAAUUAUCAAUUGGACAAAUUCGUCGCUUUAUAGAUAUGCUAUGCCAUGUCAACUUUUUGAAAAUUUAGUAUCAUUAUUUUUGGGUUCAAUAAGUAGUAGGCUUUGUUUCCGAAUACAAGUACCUGAAAUUUACUCACUAAGCAAUUAAAAAUUAAAAUUUUGACGUUACUUCUGCGAACAUAGCUGAGAUACCAUCUGAGAAGCACCGACCAAUUUUCUAAUCUCAACUUCAACGCUCUGUAUGCUUUAGGAAAAUGAAUGGAAAAAAUGGAAACUUCACUAAAUUGUAUUAUGAAACCUCCUUUUUAAAAUGAGCCAAAGAACAGCAAAAAAUGUGAACUGGUUCUCGAAUUAUAAUAAAAAAUAUGGAAACGCAUCCAAGAAUAAAAGUGGUCGGUCAAGCUUUGGUCGAGCAGGGGUAAGGACUGCUCUACUCCAGCUCGACCUACCGAUUUUCUUCCUAUGCACGCUUCUACAUAUUUUGUGAUAUUUUGAAAAGCAAUAAAUAUAUUAUUACGCUUUCUGUCUCAUUUUAAAAAGGAGGUUGCAAACUUAAUUUAGUGAAGUUUCAAUUUUGCUCAGUUUUUCUCAGUUUGACAGUUAAAGGACAUGGCGUAGUAUAACUUCAGGUUGACGAAAAAGUUUCACUCAAAUUUAGACUCAGUACACUCAACUCCCGAUAUAAGGACCCCCGGUUUACGAUAUCCAUGCAACCUUGCUUGUCUAAGUUCGGAUCCUCUCGAUUUAGGAUCAAGGUCAAUGUAAACCAUGCCUAAAACCGGUCUUAUAUUGAGAGUUGAGUGUACUCAAGGCCCAGGUUACCUAUAAAAUAUCAAAGAAAAUUUACAAUUAGCCAAAAUCAAACCAAAGAAAAUAUGUUAAA